UCCGAUAAAUCCGUGAUGCCAGAAGCCCGAAAUUUUGCCACUAUGCACAUGCUAACGCAAUGCCGUUGGGUCGAAGCUGUACGUAAUCUCUUCUCCAUCCAACACUGCGCGAGAAAUCUAAUCAGAAACCCAAUCCAUGGCAUCCCUCUCUUCCUCAACGGUUCGGCUUCUGCCGGGAAGAGAUUGCUCUCGAUCGUGUCCAGUGCUGAACCCACCGGAAAUGGACCGCAAGAAUCGCGUUUCAGGGGGGCUCAAUCAUUUCUUCGGAAUAUUUUGGCGAGCAUGGAGGCAGUUUAUCUGAGCCGUAAUCCCACAGCAAAAGCCAUAUUGGAGCUUGUUCCAUCGGUCGAUAAUGAUAAAAUUUGCUACGAUCAUCUUGCAUUUAGGACUUUUGGGGUGAAUGGCCAUGGAAUUGAUUCGUUAGCAGACUUUUUUCUGGACUUUGGAUAUACACGACAACAAGAAUUGGCAUUCCCAGCCAAAAAGCUAAAAGCAUUUUGGUUUUCACCUCCAACCAUUUCUCAGGCUCCUGAUACUGAUGAUGGUAGUGGAAUCAAUGGGCCUCUGCCAAGAGUGUUCAUAUCAGAACUUCUUGUGGAUCAGAUGAGUCAACAAACUCAGGAAAUAAUAAGAAAAUACACAGAAAGUUCUCACAAUGGAAAGAAGCAUGCUGCUCUUGCAAGUGCUCUAGGUUCCUUGACAUGGGAAAAGCCUUCGCAUUCUGAAUUUUUGCAAUUAGCGAGGGAGAGUGAAUAUGCUGCCUGGACUCUCGUGAAUGGUUAUGCACUUAAUCACGUGACUAUUUCGACCCAUCGUCUGAAAUCUUAUUUGAAAGAUAUCAAAAGCCUCAAUCAGUUCAUCGAGAGGAAUGGUUAUAAAUUGAAUUCUGAAGGUGGAGUUUUGAAAGUAAGCCCGGAUGGUCUUCUACUGCAAAGUUCAACCCUUGCGGAUUCGAUUUCUUUCGAAUUCUCUGAUGGCAUUACUACUUCCGUGCCCUGCUCGUACAUCGAGUUUGCCGAGCGUUUAAUUCUGCCUCAGUAUAAACAUCUUCCAGAAACAGAGGUGAAAGAGCACCACAGACGGGAUGGAUUUGAGGUUGGAAAUGCUGAUAAGAUCUUUGAAAGUACAUCCAAACAGCAGCAGACGGCACCGGCUUGAAGACUGUUCCUCCUGAAACACUCGAAAAGAAAACCAAAACUGUUUUUUGAAUAAUGGGUCGUAAUCGUAGUUUGGACCUGACUCCCACCUUAUAUGUCGAGAAUCGUUCUCAACUUAUUUCAAUCUGAAUAUAGUUCAAAGAAUUUAUUAUCAUCUCAGACUAUAGUUGAACUGAGGGGAAAAAAAUUAGAGUCUAAAUACACACAAGUUUGAUAUGUAGUUGUAUAUUAGAAUUUGUGUAUUGAAUUUUCAACACAUACGAUAUUUUCAUGGA